GUGGACGAGUCUGUCUCCCGCUGCAAGGAGACUGUGAGCAGCCUGGCCUUCAGCCUGGCCUUCCUGCAGCGCAUGGACAUGAAGCCCCUGCUGGUGAUGGGGCUGCCGUCCCGGAGCUCCCUGAGCGACACCCUCACCUUCCAGGACACCAAGGCACUGCUGACCCAGAACUGCAAGGCCCUGAUGGACGCCCUGCACCAGAACUCGGCUGCGGCAAUGCCCUUCUUCGGGGCCGGUGCUGUGCUGGGAGCAGAGCAGUCAGCCGCCAGCUCCAGCGGGAUCUCAGUGGACGGCGACCUGCUGCAGUGGUGUCUGGAGUCUGGGAACAUCCCCAUCAUCUGCCCCAUCGGGGAGACCCGCGGCCGCCAGUCCCUGCUGCUGGACUCCGUCGAGGUCACCGCCGCCGUCGCCAGGACGCUGCUGCCCACCAAGAUCAUCUUCCUGAACAUGACAGGGGGCAUCAGAAACUCCGGGCAGAAGGUGCUGGGGACCGUGAACCUGCCCACUGACCUGGACCUAGUGACCAAAGCCCAGUGGAUGGGCCACAAGGAGCAGCAGCAAGUCAGGCUGAUCGUUGACCUGCUGAGCCGCUUGCCCUACGAGGGCUCUGCUGUCAUCGCCUCUGCCCGUGCGCUGCUCGCCGAGCUCUUCAGCAACAAAGGCUCCGGCACCCUGUUCAGGAAUGCUGAGCGCAUGCUGCGGGCUGAGAGGCUGGAGGAGCUGGACCAGAGGCGCCUGGUCUCCUUGAUCAACACGUCCUUCGGGAAGACCCUCCGAGGGGACUACCUGGCUUCCCUACGGCCCAGGCUGCACUCGGUCUAUUUCUCAGAGGGCUACAACGCAGCCGCCAUCAUCACGCAGGAGCCGGUCCUGGGCGGCACGCCCUACCUGGACAAGUUUGUCGUCAGCUCCACUAAGAAAAGCCAGGGCUCCGGCCAGAGGCUGUGGGAGUGCAUGCGGCAGGACCUCCGGACCCUCUUCUGGCGGUCACGUGUCACCAACCCCAUUAACCCCUGGUAUUUCAAGCACAGCGAUGGAAGCUUCACUAACCACCAGUGGAUCUUCUUCUGGUUUGGACUGUCUGACAUCCGGGAUUCCUACGAGCUGGUGAACCAUGCCAAGUCCAUCCCAGACUCAUUCUGCAAACCAGAAGGUGAUCUGACUAGAUGAGGGGGUGCAUGGAGCAGGCUGGGCUUGGGAGGAGCCAAGCUUUCGUACAGCAACACAGCUCAGCCACCCAGCCUGCACAGAGCCUCUGGCUGUGCCAGCUCUGCAUGAACUAACGGGCACAGCCAGCACCCGGCCUUUCCCCUCUCACGAAGCCCGUGUGGUGCAGACCGCAGCAGAGAGGAGUUAGAGUGAGGGGGUCAGACCCUUGGGUUCACGUUUCAUCUCUGCCACCGACACACUGGCGGAUCUCAGCAAAGUCACUUCCCCCUCAAUGCCUCCGUUUCCCGACCAAUAAAAUCGGACCUACCUCAGAAGAGGAUGCAAGGCUCCAUUAAUGAAUGUGUAAAUAGAGCAGCAACACCCUCCCUUACCAGCCUGUGGAACAGCAAGCAGGAGUCAUACCACAAGCUUGUAUUUAUAGGAACAAACAGCCUGUGUGUGGUGUUCUCCGGACAACGGCUACAGCACAACACACAAUAGCUGGAAAGCAUCAACUCUUAAUGUGGUUUUGGCUUCUUUUUCAAGGUGUCUUCCCUUCCGUCAACCAUGCUGAGUUUGAUUUUAGGGUUUUAUGCUCUCUCCUUAACUAGUGCAUAAGGCUCCUCACUCGCAAACUGAACUACAAAUGGAAGCUGGGAACUUCAGAGUAGUCAAGGGACGCAGACACCAAACUGCCAGCAAAAUUCCCACUUAUGCCCGUAGCCCCAUUGAAAACCCCACAGGUAAACGGGAGAAAACUGCAGAAUGACAAAAGCCCACGUUUGUAGGAAUACGUAAGCACUGAAACACUCAGCACUGCGACACUUCACUGAUUUAGGAGCCUAAAUCCUACUGACUGGCAGGGGCAUUUUGGCACCUAAGUGCCUCAAUCCCUUUUGAAAAGGAGAUGCAGGUUCCUAAGCCAAUUAAGUUCACUGCGCAUAGCAAUGACGAGCUUUCAAAAUCUGGGUGUAAGUCACUUGGCAGCAUAUGGCCCAUUUUCAAAAGUGACUUACAAAUCCAAGUCUUACUGAGCAGCUCUUGAAAAUGUCAGGUUCCUAAGUCCCCUAGGCACUUUUGACACUUUUACCCAGAUCACAAACCAACUAGUCCAUUACCAGCAUCCCUGGCCAGGAAAUAUUUACGUGUCCCAUUACUAGGUAUUUGCCGGCCGGUCAUGCGCUAGAGAAGCAGCGAGCGGUAAGUCUAGUGAUCUGGUUACACGCGCGUCACAGGGAAGGAGUUGAAGCAGAACCUGUGUGGUUAAGUGCUAGGACUCUGCAAUGAACUCUCCAAAUGCCAGUGCUGCCUAAUGGAGGGGAAGUGAACAGGUCCCAUAGCUUCAUAUGGCACAAGCUAACAGCCAUGUGCAUGAAGCAGGCAAUGGGAGACUGUUCAGAUGGGAGAGCUGGGGAGCAGGACCCAAGACAAGGGCUCUGUUCCCAGCUUUGCCACAGCUUUCCUGCAUGACCUUGGUCAUGGUACUUUAUCCCCAGCUGUAUAAUGGGCAUUACAGCACUGCCGUGCUUCACAUAGGUGGGGGAGGCUAAACCCACACAUACAUGGAGGCACUAGGUAGCCCACUGAAAUCCAACACCUCUGAAAGUUGGCCAGUUGAUUUAUGUACCUAACUUUGGCUUUGAAAAUUCUUGCCUAGACAUCUCUCCUGCCAGCAUCCCUUUUGGUGGCUUAAGACAGACCUGAUGUUCAGAUUCCAGAGCCAGAAAGCAGCUGAAGUUUACUCUGUUCACAUGCCUGUGAUUAGGAGACAGGAAGGCUGAGGCAGUUGAUUCAGACUGAAGGUCUGUCACCAGCACAGCCCCAGGCCCCCUAGGUUACUUUGGGCUUCUGUGCCCUAUCUGUAACAUGGGGCUAAUCGACCUGGCUCCGCACAAGGGUGCGAGGUGCUCAGACAGGGGGACUGGGGAGGGAAGCAGCACAGUAGGCAGUUUUGGCUGGAUUAAAGCCAAACAGUGCCUGGUAAGAAAUAAAACUCAAGUUGGAGUUAAAAGCCUUUUCUCAUUUAAUCAUCAGAAAUUCAUGAUGCAAGAAGUGGCUUAGAAACCAGGGAAGACUCAACAGCUGGUCAAAGCAGCUGAGACAAUGACCAUGUCUGAGAGCUCUCCUUAGGUGGGCAGGCCACUAGAGCCGGAAAGAUCUCACACACCGGCUGACCAUGCAGCAAUCAGACACUUGCAGUGCAACGCAGCAAGGACAAAGCAAACCUGGUGGCAGGAGGCCCCGAUGGGGCCAAGUGAAGCGUCUCGGCCGCAAGUCACCUUAUAGAGUGGAGUGUCGUCUCCCACCUGCCCCUGACCCGACAAUCAUUGCACAGGGUAGUAAGACAAGGGUUCUUCAGAGUGUGGAAACAGGUGAGAGCUGGACUUUCAAGCUCCCCUUUCUCACGCAGUCACCUGUCCCAACAUUCUGGAAAUUCCACCUCUCAGGUGGGGGGGAAGGACAACAGCUCCCCAUUGAACUGUUCUUUCCGCCACACUUUGGCAGGCAGGAUUGUCCGAAUGUAAAGCAGCGUCCGACUGCCCCCUCCAGCAGGCUGUGCUAUGAGAUGAGCCAAUGCACAAGUGACUCCCAUGCACGCUCCCAUGACGGCUUGGAGACAGCACGAAUGUAUGCACGCUGCCGGAGCGGGGAGAGCAGCAAAGCUGUUCCCAGAACACCUCCCCCCAAUCAAAAAUGCUAAGGGUUGUUCCCAUUUGAAAUCACUUCUCUUGACAGGACUGCAUCCUUUCGGGGAGCAGCGUGAAUUUCCACGCACAGUAGUUAGAAGCUACUCACCAGGAGAACUAGCUUAGAUAACGGAUAGAAUAUGGUGACUCUGGCUUGGGAACCCCCGCUCUGUGCCUCCGUUUUCCCAUCUGUACAAUGGGGAUAAUGUAAUGACCUCCUCCAUAAAGCGCUUUGAGAUCUACUGAGGCAAAGUGCUAAAUCAGAGCCAGCUCUUACUGAUCUCCCCACCCAUGCCAUGAGCCCCACACUCUGCAACCAGAAUUCACCACAAUGACUGGGCCGCUUUGAAGUCCCACGUUCAAUUCAUUGUUGGCGUCUUUCCAGCAACCAGCCAUCUUGCGCCUCGGUGGGACUUCAAAGCUUCCAGGGUCCAUUCCCACUUGCAGCAGAGGAAUUUAGGCUCCUCACCCCACCCCACCCCACCGAGCUAGUGUGGCCCUGUGGGCAGCUGUUGCUCCAGGUUCAAUAGGGCUGACCUGAAAACACCUGUCAAAGGGCGAUGAAAGAUUAACAUGAUCAAGACCAAGUAGGAGGCAGCUGUGGAGUCCCCUGGCCCGUCAAUGGGAAAAUGAAAUAGGAAUUUUUUAAAAAGCAGUAAAAAAAAAAAAAAAAAAAAAAAAAA